CGCCUACCUCGGUCUGGCGAUGCCGCUGCUGGUGGGUGGUCGGCGUGUACGGUUGCCACGGUCCGCUGCAGAGCUCGUCCGAGAGCACCCUUCUCUGGAGGAAAGAGCCAGACUUCUCAGAGGUCAGUCUGUUCAACAAGUGGGACCCCAGGGCCUUCUGUAUGUUCAGCAAAGAGAGCUUGCAGUGACCACCCCAAAGGAUGGUUCCAUCUCCAUUCUGGGUUCUGAUGAUGCCACUACUUGUCACAUUGUGGUCCUGAGGCAUACAGGUAAUGGGGCAACCUGCCUCACACAUUGUGAUGGAACUGACACCAAAGCUGAAGUCCCCUUGAUAAUAAGUGCCAUAAAAUCCUUUUCUGAUCACACUCAGUGUGGAAGGCUGGAAGUGCACCUUGUGGGAGGCUUCAGUGAUGACAGGCAGCUGUCACAGAAACUUACUCAUCAGCUUCUUAGUGAAUUUGACAAACAAGAUGAUGACAUUCACUUAGUGACAUUAUAUGUGACGGAAUUAAAUGACCGGGAAGAAAAUGAAAACCACUUUCCAAUCAUUUAUGGCAUCGCUGCCAACAUUAAAACUGCAGAGAUUUACAGAGCUUCCUUUCAAGAUCGUGGUCCAGAGGAGCAGCUUCGUGCUGCCAGAGCUUUAGCAGGAGGCCCGAUGAUUAGCAUUUAUGAUGCAAAGACAGAACAACUUCGAAGGCCGUAUUCCUGGACGCCAUUUCCACAUGUGGAUUGCUGGUUGCAGCAAGAUGACAAGCAAAUACUAGAGAAUCUUUCUACUUCUCCUCUGGCCGAGCCCCCCCCCCCCCACUUUGUUGAACAUAUUAGAUCGACCUUGAUGUUUUUUAAAAAAUUCCCAUCUCCAGCAAAUAUACUAUUUCCUGGAAAUAAAGCUCUCCUCUACAAAAAAAAUGAAGAUGGUUUAUGGGAAAAGAUCUCUUCAGGGAGCUAACAUCAAAGUUAGCAAAGAACACAACUUUUUGGCCUGAUAGAGGCCAUUGGUGGUUUAGAAUCUACAUCUGCACAGUUUUACUUCUUCCUUGCUUACUGUCUUUCAAAAUAAAGUCUUAUUUUGGCAAA